AUGUCGGAUGGAAAUCUAGAAUACUUAGCAUCUAAUCUCAGAGAAUCAAUUUGUUUAACAGCUCAAGCUCUUUUACUGGCUUUCCAACACUACAUCGUGAAUCUCGGAACUACGGUCUUAAUUGCAAGUAAUAUCGUGCCUCGGAUGGGUGGGGAUCAUGGUGAUAAAGCCCGAGUUAUUCAAGUGUUGCUGUUUAUGUCUGGCAUUAAUACUCUGCUUCAAACUCUUGUUGGCUCAAGGCUUCCCACAGUGAUGGGUGCAUCUUUUGCAUACACCUUACCAUUACUUUCGAUCAUCAAUGAUUACAAUGACGAAGCCUUUGCAACUCCGCAUGAUCGGUUUAUUCAUAGUAUGAGAACCAUUCAAGGAUCAAUGAUAGUUUCUUCCUUUGUCAACAUCAUCCUAGGGUAUGGACGGGCAUGGGGGGAACUGACAAGACUAUUUAGUCCCAUUGUCGUGGCGCCAGUGGUUUGUCACGUUGGUCUUGGUCUGUUUGCAAGAGGCUUCCCAUUGCUAGGUAACCGUGUGGAAAUUGGCCUGCCUAUGCUCAUUCUAGUAGUUAUUUCCCAAAAGUCGCUGAAGCGCAUCCAUUCAAGAGCCCAUUUCAUACUUGAGAGGUUUGAUUUGCUUUUCUGCAUCCGAAUUAUCUGGGCUUUUGCUGCUAUCCUCACUGUGUUGGGUCCUUACAACAAUGUUAAGACUGCCACUAAACAAAGUUGUCGCACAGAUCGAUCGUACCUGAUGUCUUCUGCUCCUUGGAUCAAAAUCCCAUACCCAUUUCAGUGGGGUACGCCAAUAUUCAGGGCUAGCCAUGUGAUUGGAAUGAUAGGUGCUGCACUUGUUUCAUCUGCUGAGUCAACUGGAACAUUUUUUGCAGCAGCUUGGCUUUCUGGGGCCACAGCCCCUCCGGCACAUGUACUCAGCAGAAGUAUUGGCUUACAGGGCAUUGGUAUGCUGCUUGAAGGGCUUUUCGGUUCUCUUGUUGGUACUACUGCAUCCUUGUACGGUAGUCUUGUUUUUAAAGAGAAGUUCCAUUCUAUAUACAAUAGUCAUGAACCGUAAUAUCCAUAACAGAUAGCACUAUACUUUAGAAACUUGUUUCAGCGUCUGAUCAAAUUGAUGUUGCAGUGAGAAUGUUGGCCUUCUCGGGCUUACGCAUAUAGGAAGCAGAAGGGUUGUGCAAAUUUCGACUGCUUUCAUGAUAUUUUUCUCCAUAUUUGUUUUUUUUUUUUCAUUAAUUG